UGUGGCAGUCUUGCGCACUUGCCCUCCCAACUUUCUUCACCCCGUCACUUCCAUGCAUUUUCCUCCUAACCAAUCAACAUCUUCUUCUCUUGGAAAAACCAACCAAAUUACUUCUUUCUAAAUCGGUCAUCACCACUGCCAAAAUUUCCACUUUGCAAUUCUUCUUCUAAAAUUCUCAAUCCUGAAUUCUAUCAUCUAAUCAAAUUGACCAAAAACCAAGUAAUAGCACAAAAAAGGCUUGAACCCAGAAACCAUGUUCCCCAAAGCCACCGAAAUGACCUCCACCAAAGCGAUAAUCUCCGCCGCUGCCUCCGCUGCUGCCACAGUCAUGCUCCUUCGCUCUGUGGGUAACGACUUUAUUCCAAAGGAGCUUCGACAAUAUGUUUACUUCAAACUCAUAACCCUUAUUAACUCUUUCUCCUCGGAACUAACCUUAGUGAUUGAAGAAUAUGAUAAUCUUAACCAGAACCAUCUCUUCACAGCUGCACAGCUCUAUCUUCAGCCCAUAAUUCCUCCCAACACGCAGAGACUCAAAAUUUCAUUACCCAAGAAAGAGAAUAACAUUUCUAUGUCCUUAGAGCAAAACCAAGAAAUCAUCGAUACCUUUAAUGGGGUUAACGUGAAGUGGAAGUUUAUUUCGAGAGAAGAACGAGUGAAGUAUGUCCCAAGCCCUGAUCUCUAUAGCACUAUGCCUGUAAACGAGCGCAGGUUCUUUGAGUUGAGCUUCCACAAGAAGCACAAGAACAUGGUUCUUGACGCUUACAUAAAGCAUGUAAUCAAGAAAUCGAAAGAAAUCAAAGACGAGAAAAGGACAUUGAAGCUCUUUACAUUAAGCCUGGACAGGAUGACAGGGAGGAGAGAUGCAUGGCAAUCUGUGAACCUUGAUCAUCCUGCUACCUUUGAUACGUUGGCCAUGGAGAUAGCAGAGAAGAGGAUGAUCAUGAAGGACCUUGAAAGGUUUGUGAAGAGGAAGGAGUUCUAUAGGAAAGUGGGUAAGGCUUGGAAACGUGGGUACUUGCUGUUUGGGCCACCAGGGACUGGGAAAUCAAGCUUGAUUGCUGCCAUGGCAAAUUUUCUCAAGUUCGAUAUUUAUGACUUGGACUUGACUGAUCUUAGGACUAAUUCUGAGCUGAGAAAGUUGUUGAUUUCGACUGGGAAUAAGUCCAUACUCGUGGUGGAGGACAUUGAUUGUUCCAUUGAUUUGCAAAAUAGGAUUGCAGAAGCCAGAGCUCUUAAUCCUCGAUCUAAUCGAGGUUAUAAUCCAGAAAAUCAGGUUCAGGUGACACUAUCAGGAUUGCUGAACUUCGUGGAUGGAUUGUGGUCAAGCUGUGGGGAUGAAAGAAUCAUAGUUUUCACUACCAAUCACAAAGAAAAGCUUGACCCUGCCCUGUUGCGCCCCGGUCGAAUGGAUAUGCACAUCCACAUGUCUUACUGCAGUCCAUGUGGAUUCAAAAUGCUGGCAUCCAAUUACCUGGGGAUUACAUAUCACCCACUUUUCUUACAGGUAGAAGAAUUGAUAGGUACAACUAAGGUUACUCCUGCAGAAGUAGCCGAGCAGCUGAUGAAAAGUGAGGAACCUGACAUUGCCUUGAGAGGUCUGAUUGUGUUCCUGGAGCGCAAGAAGAUAGAGGAUGAAGAAAGGAAGAAGAGAGAAGAAGAAGAAGAGAGGAAGAAGAGAGAGAGUGAUGCAAACAAAGCAACAAAUGAAGAAUCAGGAAUAAAAGAAGCAGAAGUUUCACAAAUGCAAAAGAUGAGCAAUGGUGAUCUUAAGAAAAAAAAAGUAGAUACGAGAAUUAAUCAGGAACAAAUAAAAUAUUGAAAUGCUUUAGAAUUUCAAUUUUGUGGAUUUGGGAGGGCAUUGAACCGAAUGAAUGGUUGUUAUGGUUGCAAGUAAUAUAAUUUAAUAACUUGUUUGUAGAAAAAUUGUGGUGAUGAGAAUGUUCAAAAUCCUUUUAUUCUGGUCCAAAUCGAA